AAGGAAAAAUUGAAGCAUCAACAGUUUGGCUUUGGUGUAUUGUAGAAAUCACUAUAGGAGAAAAAAAAAGGAAAAGAAAUCUCAGUAAAAAACUCUGUGAAUUUCUUAAGGAAGAAGACCACAAGACCAGCAGAAUCAAAUAA